AUGGCACCUCCAAUGCCCAACCCCACGAAGCGCAUGACAGCGAACCCAGCGAAACCUGUUGCACGGUACCGUCCAGGGAAACCAGUCGCAGAACAAGAAUCGUCCGACGAGGAAGAAGUGUCGGAGGAGGAAAAGCCACAACAGCCGCAACGAAAACCUCCAGCGAGGCCUCCACCAGUCAGAAGGCCAGUUGCUCCGGCUCGGGAAGAAAGCGAGGAGGAAGAUGAAGACGAGGAGGGGUUCGUGACAGAAGAGGAAGAUGAAGGGCUAGGUCUCGGUCCCGGUCAGGGACCAGGGACUAAAUUGACACAACAAACAAAGAGUGAUUCUACAUUACGGAGACCAGCACCACGACUAUCACAAGCGAAGGCCGCCUCCGACGAGGAAUCAGAAGACGACUCCGAAGAAGGAUCAUCUGAUGGAGAAGAGUCGUCAGAAGAAGAAGAAGAAGAGUCAUCGUCGUCGGAAGAUGAAGCGCCGCAACGCAAGUUUAAACGGCCAACAUUCAUCCGCAAGACCGAUCGGCAAACUUCAACGCUCACCAAGACACAAUCCACGGCUGCUGACCCACCUACGUCCUCCGCAGGCGCAGCCGACGCCGACGCCGCUCGACGCCUCGCGCAAGCCGACCUCCUGAUCAAAGACAAACUGGAACGCGACGCGCUCGCGCGUGCGGCCGGCAAGAAGUCAUGGGACGACGACGACGACAUCCUGCCCGAGUCCAUGGUGGACGACACGGACGGGCUGGACCCGGAAGCUGAGCACGCGGCGUGGAAGGUGCGCGAGCUGCGACGGUUGAAGCGCGACCGCGAGGCCCUGGUGGCGCGCGAGAAGGAGAUUGAAGAGAUCGAACGCCGGCGCAACCUGACGGCCGAGGAGCGCGAACGGGAAGACCGCGAGUUCCUCGAGAAGCAGCGCGAAGAGCGCGACGGGGGCCGCCACGACGCCGCGUUCCUCGCGCGCUACCAUCACAAGGGUGCCUUCUUCCAGGGCGACGAGGCCGCCGAGAUCCUGAAGCGCCGCGACGUCAUGGGGGCCCGCUUCGAGGACGAAGUCAGCGACAAGUCCCUCCUGCCAGAGUACAUGCGCAUCCGGGACAUGACGAAGCUAGGCAAGAAGGGGCGCACGCGGUACAAGGACCUCAAGGGCGAGGACACGGGACGGUUCGGAGACGAAGUGAAGCGGUGGAAAGGCAGUACCGGUGCUGGACCACGAACCGAGGGUGAUUUCGAUACAAGAGGGCUAGACGAACGGUUCCUGCCUGACGAUCAGCGUCGUGGUGGCGGUGAACGGGGAGGUCGAGAUCGAACGGGCCCCACGGGUGCGAAUGCCAGUGCGGUCGGCGAGAGGAGAGACAGAGACAAAGACAAAGACAGGUACAGGAGCCGGAGCAGGAGCAGAGAGAGACGGAAGAGAUCAUAUUCAAAAUCCCGCUCGCGCUCGAGGUCGCCCAGACGGAGAAGGAGGGAUUCGCCUUCACCCGAUCGCCAUCGCGAUCGGGUUAGGGACAGGGAAAGGGAUCGCGACGGGACGAGUAGGAGAGAAGAGGAAGUGAGGACCCGCUAG